AGCUCGGGGGUGAAGGAGGGAGAGAAGAAACUUCCUGACUGACGUGCUUGCCCGUCUAUCUCUCUCUCCUUCCGUUCCACCCGUCUCGCUCCCUCGCUCACGACGCAUGCAUGGAAAUGUCCGCGUACUCGUGAGAUUCGGUUCGCGCGCAGCCAUCAACGACGACAAAAACGACGACGUUUGUUCGUUCUGCCGGAGGAGCCCCAGACUGGUGGUCGGGAACGAUAAUGCGCGCGAAGACGGCAGCGCGAGCGACGAUAGUUUAGAUCUUAAAAAUUGGUAUAAAAUAAGCCAUACUGUCCCACAGACAGUACAAAUAAUACUGAUAUGUUGGGCCACUGGCAGGAUCAAAAUAUGAAAAAGGAGAUGCAGCAGCAUGUUGAUAAUCUGACACAACCACCGCAAAUGUAUAAUGUGUCUGUCGAAGGAAUUAAUAAGAAACAUUCCAUCAAUUGGUCUAAUGGACAGCAGGGUAUCAACGAAAUGAGUAAUAAACCCAACACUGUGUCGAAUCAAUGGCACAAUCAAAAUUGCGAAGCCGCGAUGUCUCCUCAUCAACCCUCGCAUCUAGUACAAACUAAUAAUGUAGAUGAUAAAUUUAGUUCUUGGCCACAAUCGGGUAAUAUCACGACUGCCUCGCAUGUUUGGCCUCCCAUGGUUACGCAAAGCGAGUUCGUAUAUCAAAAUCGAUUACAGCAGCAGAUAGAUAACAAUUCAUUUAAGGAAAACGUGUCACAAGAUAAUAGUAAUACUAGGUUUGAAUGGCAACAAAUGCAGACAACGCCGCUCAAUUAUGCUCCAUUUGGUUAUAUAAAUCAUGGUGUAGAAAACAAAUCGCAACGUAAUUGGCAGAAUCAUAGCGAUAUGCUAGGCCACUGGCAAGAUCAAAAUAUACCGAAAGAGAUGCAGCAGCAUGUCGACAGUAUGGCUAAUCAAAGUACGCAACCGCCGCAAAUGUAUAAUGUCGAAGGAAUCAACAAGAAACAUUCCACCAACUGGUCUACUGAACAGCAAAAUAUCAAUGAAAUGAGUAAAUUCAACACCGCGUCGAAUCAAUGGCAUAAUCAAAAUUGCGAGGCUGCGAUGCCCCACCAUCAGUCCUCGCAUCUAGUACAAACGAAUAACAUAAACGAUACAUUUAGUUCUUGGCCACAAACAGGCAAUAUCACGACGACUGCCUCGCACGAUUGGAAAUAUUCUAACACGCAAAGCGAAUCCGUACAUCCAAAUCAAUGGGUGCAACAACCUAUAGAUAAUUCGUUCAAGGAGAGUGUGUCGCAGAAUAAUAAUGGUGCUAGGCUUGCCGCAAACGAAUGGCAAAUACAGGCAGCGUCAUUCAAUUACCCUUCAGUAGCUACGACUGUGCCUAUGACUAUAGAAAAUAUUGUACAUACGCCCAACAAUAAUGAACAGCAAGAGAAUGAAAAACUGGCAGUGGUAACUUCAUCUUACGAUUCUUUUAAUACGACGAAAUCGAGCGACAUUAAACCACCGAUCGGAAACCAUCAUAAUUUGAAUUCGGUGACUGAUAACUUACCGAAAAGUGUUCCUGGCGAGAACGACGAUCGCGUUUUUGUUCCUACAGUGACAGAGGAAUUAUCUAGCAAUUUCGGUCAACUUAAUCUCGGAAACAAAUCGGGGAAGCACACGGAUUAUUCAGGUGAAUCGUUGGAAGUACACCCGAAUCCUAUGGAAGGAAAAACUCAAGCUGCUAAUUUUAAUGUUGGAAAUAUUCGUAGUAAUCCUGUUCCUGACAAUAUAUCCGUGUUGUCAUCAGAUUAUGCGCCGAGCAGCAUGGACAACACUUCUCAUUCUAUCGACAACCAACCAGCAGUUAGUCAAGAUCAUUCAAUCUCGAAUACAUAUCAAAAUGUUACUAAGGUAACGGAUAAUAUUUCACAAAGCGGAUAUGAUCAAUGGUACAAUCAAAGCGCACUGGAGAACGCGUGGUACGGGAAGGAUCAUCAUUCACGUCCACCCAAACAAAGGAACGCUCCCGAGCAAAAUGUAGAAAACUAUGAAAACAUCCAACAAACGUCUGACUUUAUAAACGUAGAAAUCGUCGCACCUACGACUUUGCAGGAACGCGAUAUUUAUGGUUCGCGCGAUUCCAUAAACAAGGAAAUGUUGGACAACGAUCCUAGGCCAAAAAUAAGUCCAAAAGAAGGUGUGACGAAUGUACGGGGUUUCAGAGAGGAGAUAAAUAAUGUCGAAGUACCGGCGAUGCAGCAGCAAGUACGGUCGCAUCCGCCUCUACAAACGGAACAGAUGCCGGACAAUUACGAGUUUGCCUCGAACGACAGGAACACGUUCUUGGAGACUGGGGAAUUGACGGAUUCGCAUCAGGAACAUGAGCCGACGCCUCCGAGUCAGGACGACGAGAACGACGAAGUGCCUAACGAUAUCCCUUUCCUGCGCGAAGUACCGGGACAAUCGAGCACCAUGGAUCCACGCAGAAACGAUCCUACGGGUCAAGAGCAACACGUGCAGACCGGGCAACGCCUUUCCGAUCCCAGGAGAAAUGAUCCUUCCGGGCAAGAGCAAAGUAUACAAAUCAGAAAUAUAUCCGAUAGAGUAGAGCGUCGUGAUGUCCUUCCAGGUCAAGAGAGAAACGUUCCUCAGCUAUUACGAAGUGAUUCGGACACACUGGAACGACGGAAUGAUCCUUCAGGUAGAGAGCGUUCUCUUCCGCCGCAGCAGUCGCGAAAUGACCCAUCGGGCGAGGAGAGGUAUCAGCCGCAGCCCCAGAUAAUGCUGGAGUCGAGCGAGACCCGCGAGGUGCUUGGCCGAGGUAACGAAUCCGACGAAGUUACACGGCAGACUCAGGACGCGGAACUCAGACAGAUACCAGGCGGAGCGUCUUCCAACGACGUUACGCAAUUAAUGCCGGACGAUAGGACGCCAACGACUGGUAGUAGAGUAGUUACUGGUUCUCUUCCGGAGAUGAUCCUUCCUCCGACGAUGCCGCAGGAUCCAACGAGCGGCGACACGCGAAGCAAACGCGAAGAGGCGGUGGGCGCGUCUCUCGAGAACGAGACGAUCCAAGUUUCCGCUUCGUCGAAUCGUCGGGAUUCUUACGAGGGCGAAGAGGAGGAUGCGGGUUCUCGCGACAGCCGAGACGAAAGCAGAGAGAGACGACGGGAAGCCAGUCCCGAUCGCCGACGAUACGAAUACGAUCGGAAGAACGCAUACUACGAUCAUGAUCGUGAAUACGAAGAUGAUUACUAUUACGAUCGUCGACGUGCAGGUGACAAUGAUCGUCAGUAUACCGUCAUCCCCCGAGAUGAAUUUAAGCGACGAGAUAAUCCGUAUCGGGAUGAUGAUCGUCCACAUCGCAGUCGCGAUGAUCUGGAUCGAUACGGUAGGGAGGACAUGGAUAGAAGGGUCAGAGGAAAAGAGGACUUGGAUGAGAGGGAUGGCAGAAGGAGACUGCAGGAUGAUCGUAGAAGAGAAGAUCCGCGUCGUAGGGACAGAGAUCCGAGAGAUUAUGAUGCGCGAUAUUCUAGGGAUCCUAGGGAUCCUAGGGAUAAAGAUUAUAUGGAUCGUGAGAGAAGACGACGAAGAUACGAUGAUUACGAUAUUAGAGAUUCGUACAGAAGAGACUAUUAUGAUGAUCCCUAUGGAAGAAGUUCUAGGCCUUCGAGUAGAUCUUCCUAUAAUGACAAGGAUCGCGAAUAUUAUAUACGUACAAAAGACCCUUACUACAACAUGAAUGCAAGAUAUGGUGGAUAUGGUGCUCUUUAUGGUAACAUGUAUUACGCAUAUAUUGAGAAUUUGCGUCAAACAAAUCCUGCCCUUUAUGCCGAGUGGUACCACAAAUAUUACGCCAGUCAACAACAACAACAGCAGCAUAUUGCCAGAAGUGUUGGCAAUUAUCCGGAGGAUAGAGCCAGUGUUCAUUCCGGCCGUAGUUCCUGCGACGAUAGAAAUACUAGUGAUAAAAGAACAUUGCAUGAUACACAUUUGGAGGAUCCAACAAUCAUUUCUGCUCGAUUAACACCAACCAAGUACUCUACAUCUCAUGCAUAUGGAUGCUUCUCGAUUGGAUCUUUAGUACAUGUUCAUCCAAGCUAUCCAGCUGAUGGUGAAAGAGCUAAGGUGGACGUUUUUCGUGUAGAUAACUUGCUCUCACAUGAUCCUGUCACACGUGAUUUACGAUUAUAUCCAGGACCUUUAAUUAAUGGCGUAACACAUAAGAAAACCAUCAUAGAAUAUUGCGAAAAUAAAAUUAAGAAAGCAGUGGUGAAUGAAGAAAUGAUCGAUCGUGCUUCAUACAUUUUGUUGUAUGAAUUGAUGAUUAUGUUGAUACAACAAAAUGGGAAUGUCGUUGGUGUUGACAUUGCUGGGCUUUUACUGCGUAACAAAGAUGCUUACCCUCACGAUACAAAUAAAAUCACGUCUCAGGAUAUAAAACGCAGAGAAUCGCAAGUAUCGCAACGAUCUGGGGCGACGGGUAGCGACGGAAGUACUCAGGAUAUUUCCGCGCUAGCCGAGAAAUCUGAAAUUAAACAGCGAAAAACGACGGAGCAAAUAACAGACGAAUUCAGAGAUACAUUACUUUACGGGCGGGUUCAAGAAGCAUUAGAAUAUGCAAUGAACGAAGGGCUUUGGGGUCAUGCUCUUUUCCUGGCUAGUAAACUGGAUAAACGCACUUACGCUUCUGUAAUGACUCGUUUCGCGAACAGCCUACCAUCACACGAUCCGCUGCAGACUUUGUACCAGCUACACUCUGGUCGUGUACCUGCUAUAGUCACAUGCGCUGCAGAUCCACGUUGGGACGAUUGGCGACCUCAUUUGGCUAUGAUUAUCUCCAAUACUUCAGCCAAUCCAGAGAUUAAUCGUCGGUCAAUAACGACCCUCGGGGACACGUUAUUCGCAAAUGGAGAUAUAUAUGCUGCGCAUCUCUGUUACAUUCUCGCGCAAAUCGAUUUUGGUGCUUAUGGAGCUAAUGGAGUUAAGCUCGUGUUAAUCGGUGCAAAUCAGAACAAGCCGUAUUCUGAAUUUCUUACAAUGGAAGCUAUUAUGCUAACGGAGAUUUAUGAAUAUGCUCGAAAUCUUAGUGAUCCAUGCUUCACAUUAGUGGAUCUUCAAACAUUCAAGUUUGAUCUAAUCGUGAAAAUGGUGGACUGUGGAUUAAUAGAAAAGGCUCUAUUAUAUAUGGAACAGAUUGCAACGAAUAUCGCGAACGACCCAUCGAAAUAUAAAAAAUCUUUCAUCGAAUCGGUUUACCUACUGGGCGAUCGAAUAAAAUACCAUGAUCCAAUCUAUAAGGAUGCUAUUGAAGAUGCUACGAAUUUAACAUGGCUCAAUAAAUUGACUGAGAUUGUCGAAAAAUAUCAGGUUGAGGAGACUUCUGAGGGAGAAACAUACGGUUCCCAUACCAUUGUAGAGAAUCAGAAAAUUCAUGAGAUGAAACAGCAACAAUCGUUACCACCAUCGGCGCAACAACAAUGGAAUACUAUUCAACCAGAAUAUGGCGACGGACCUAUAUCAAUGAUGGAAGUUAAUACUAAUGAAAUGCAAUCAAGCUGGCAACCGCUAUCUCUGCCCACGAAUAUUCAAGAUACGUACGACCCGAAUACGCAAUACAUGAGAAGCGUGGAUGAAUCCGCUCAACAUCAACAGCCGCAGCAACAGGAUUAUUGGAAUCAGCAGGCUUAUUAUCAAGGCAAUUAUGGAAGAAACGAGUCUACUAAUUGGCAACAACAAUCCGUACCAAACAUGAUCUCUGAUCAAACUGAGAUCAAUAACUCGCAGCAACUGGAUAAGUGGAAUUUUGAGACGGAAAGGGAAGACAAAACGCCCACUCCUGAAUCAAGUGUGCAGCCAGCCAUCUCUAUGACACCGUCGACGGGUAAGCAAUACGAUCCGUUGGAAGAAUUGGACGCGCUCGAGACACCACGAACGAACGCUAAACCUUCGACGGAGAUGAAGAAAACAACCGAAAAGACGGCCGACAAGAAAUCCGCCAACAGCGGUUCCUGGUUCGGUGGUUUGUUUAGUAAAUUGGCGCCGAAGCCGAAGAAUCAAAUGAUAUUGCCAGACGAUAAUAAUCCAACGAUUGUGUGGGACCCAGUUGCUAAGAAGUGGAUGAAUAAAGAUGAGAACGACGACGGUGCCGCAACGUUGGUGCCACCGCCGAAGACAUCCGACGUCAGUUUUCGAGCCCCCAUGAUGAUGGAACGCGGUGCACCUUCCCAGCCGCUUCCACCGAACGGCGAAGAUGCAUCGACGAUGGAUGCCACUUUGAAAUUACCCACCGGUAAUGGCAAUAUGUACAAACUGCCAAAGGGCAGGAGUAUGCGUGCCAAUUACGUAGACGUGAUGAAUCCCGGCGUGGGGAAAUCCAAGAUACCUGGCACAGCGUCGUCUACCCCCAUAACAUCUCCGCUCGUACCCAUGGCUACUUCGUCCCCGCAGUUGUUCGUCCCCGCGCCAGUUAACGAUUCAACCGCUCCUGUGGAUUUCUUAACUCCGGCAGCAACACCACCAUCUGGAAACAUCGCGGAGAAUACGUCGCAAGCACUCUCUCGCUGGAGCUCGACCAGCUCGUUAUCGCGAGAGGUGCAGAGCUACACAAUGAGGGAUCCGCGGCUUCUUCAACGGAACAAGGGACCAAUGAUGUUCAACCCGAGUGACAUGAAGGAUCGUUCGGUGAAGAACAUACCACCUAGCAGAUAUCCUCCGCGAUAAUCUUUGCUUAUAUAGAUAAUUUGUUAUUAAAAUUAGGAGAUUUUUUUUUCUCAUCGUCUUGCGCAAUUGUGUUUAAUAUGGAUUUUUGUUCUGUAAAACGUGACAACAACAGUACAUUUUUUAGAAUGAUGCUAUACGAUGCACAGUUCUCUUUCAAAAGAAUAUAUAUACCUAACAACAUAAGAAUUCAAAAGACAUCAUUCUUACGGUGUCCUGUACAUUUCGUUGUCUAGAUAGAUUUUUACAUUAAAUUUUCGAAUUUGUCUUAUUGUUAUAUUUAUCGUGUCGAAUUUGAAAUUGCAUUGAAAAUAUUCAGAAAAUAUAUAUAUAUAUAAGAUUUCCAUAUAAUAGAAAAAUAUACAAUUUAAUGGUGCAAUAUGAUGGCAGAAAUAAAUAAAACUCAACACUAUACGUUUUGUGAUUUAUGAAUUAGAAGUUUUUGCAUUUCUUAUUGUAAAAAAGAAUAUGCUUUUGUGUUUGAUAAAUUUUCACGGAAUGUUUCAUGCAACGAAUUUAUUUGGAAGUUAUUAGUUUUCGCGUAUUUUUAGAAACGCGCAUUUCCAUCAAAUGAUUAUUGCUGCAUUUGCGUUAUUGCAUUGAACGGGUCAUAAUCAUGUUAUGUUGAAAUGCGCGAGUGCAUUCCCAAUAUUAUUAUAUAUUAUAUUCGCUUAGUGUGUAAGUAUUAUUAUCCUAUAAUCGGAUUCGAUGUCGCGCGAAAAUUUCAAGUUAUGUGCGUGCUUUGAAUUAUGCGAGUGAGAUGUAAAGAAAUUUUUACCUGCAACUUGCAAUCACUGACAGAUUUACUUAAGUUACACAUAGUCCUUUUCAUUGAAGAGUGUCUUGUAGAUGUACGAUAGGUAGAGCGAGGAUUGCGUAGCGUAUAAUUGUAGCUUAAUUAUAACAGAAUUUGUUACAAUACGGCCUCGUUGGUAUAUGUGCUGUAAUACUAAGUCUGAUUUUAUAUAUCAGGAAAAAGGGAAUAUUGUAUGCAACGCCGGUGAAUGCAACAUGUUAGGAAUAUGAAAAUUUUAUCGAUCGUAAGAACAGGGGAGUCGCGUUUACGAGAAGUGUAUAAUAGAGAAAUACUGUUAUUAAAUGUCAGAUUAUAUAUUA